AUGGCCAGACUUUUGCCUUCCAUCUUUCCCCUUUGUUUCCAUUACAUCAUUGUUUUAAGUUUUGUUGCAACAGUUAUCCAUUCAUCGACCCUGGACUCCGAUAUUCAAGCACUCCGCAGCCUGAGGCAUGCCAUCGAUCCCACCUCAAUCUCCCCAACAUCUUUCCUCAGUAGUUGGGACUUCAUGGUGGAUCCAUGCGGAAGUACGGGCGAGCAGUUUCUGGGAAUUUUAUGUAGUAAUCCUUUAGACAACGUCUCUAGCAGGAUAAUCGCAAUCGAUCUCGAUGGCGUUGAAUAUGACGGGUUUCUGACACCGUCGAUUGGGAACCUCUCUGAGCUCACCAUCCUCAACCUGAGCAAGAACAAGUUCCGAAGAACAAUCCCGGGAACCAUCUCCAACCUUAAAAAGCUCACCACGCUUUCAUUGGCAGACAACUAUCUCACAGGCACCAUUCCUGACGAAAUCACUUUGCUCAAGAAUCUUGAACGCCUAGACAUUUCUGGAAACAGGAUAUCUGGCUCUGUUCCAGUCAAUAUCUCUGGAUUACGAAGCUUAAACUACUUAAGCUUGUCAGGUAACGCGCUCACAGGCACAAUCCCAGACCUCACAGGGCUAUGGCAGCUCAAGACUUUAGACCUCAGCGCCAACCAGUUCUAUGGGUAUCUCCCAAAUCUUCCCGUCAGAUUGACAACACUCUCUCUAAACCACAACAUACUUUCAGGCCACAUUUCACCAGUCAAAAAGCUCAAAAACCUUGUACGGCUAGAUGUGAGUGACAACAGGUUUUCUGGUCUGAUUAGCGACGACAUCCUUUCAUUACCACGGCUAGUUUACUUGAACAUUUCAAACAACCGCUUCGACGGAAUAGAGACAUUCAAAAUUUCCGGAAGAGAGACGCAACUUCAAGUGCUUGAUGCAGAAAACAACCAGUUCCACGGCCGUUUGCCUACCAAGUUGGUCACAAUUCAGAACUUGACCCAAAUUAACUUCGCACAUAAUCAGUUCUCCGGUCCGAUACCAAGGGAAUAUGGGGAAAGACUGGAGCGAUCGUGGAGAAUCCUCUACUUGGAUAACAACUUUUUGUCAGGACAUCUUCCACCGGAGUUCAUUACUCACACGAGGAGGGUUAGGGGCAGUCUGUCAAGGAAUUGCCUUAGGUGUCCGACCAUCAUACCGUUGUGCCGCGGAGGGCAAAGGCCAUUUUCAGAAUGCCUUAGGCAGACCAAUGGCAGCAAAUGA